AGAGUGUGUGGGAGGGGGAAAAAAAAGGAAAAGAAGAGAAAGAGAAAAGAGAGCGAGGGAAGGGAAAGGAACCGAGGGGUGGAAAAAUCAUUGAGCGAAAGUGAGAUCCGGGGAGUGGAGUGGAGUGGAGUUGAGUUGAGAGAGAUGGUAUCGUGCGGUGUGGCUGAUUGAUCGAAGCGAGGGAGAGAGAGAGAGAAAGAGAGAGGCAUGAGUGGAGGAGGAGAUGGGGGGGAGGAGGGAGAGUACGGGAGGGCGAAGACGUCGAUAUGGUGGGACAUAGAGAACUGCCAAGUUCCAAAGGGAUGCGACACUCACGCGAUCGCUCAGAACAUAGCCUCAGCCCUCGUCAAGUUGAAUUACUGUGGUCCCCUCUCCAUCUCUGCUUAUGGCGACACCAAUCGCAUCAACUCCUCCGUCCAGCACGCUCUCUCCAGCACUGGCAUUGCUCUCAAUCACGUUCCCGCUGGUGUUAAAGAUGCAAGUGACAAGAAAAUUUUAGUUGAUAUGCUGUUCUGGGCAGUGGACAAUCCUGCCCCAGCAAAUUAUUUGCUUAUUUCUGGAGAUAGGGAUUUCUCUAAUGCUCUCCAUCAGUUACGCAUGCGGAGAUAUAAUAUCCUUCUGGCACAACCACUAAAAGCAUCUCCUGCGCUCGUUGCAGCAGCAAAAAGUGUAUGGCUUUGGACAAGCCUUGUUGCCGGAGGAUCCCCACUUUCGUGUGGUGAAUCAACAGAACUUGCUAACGUCAAUAUGUUCAACUCUGAAUUGUCACACAACCCCAUUUCUGACCCUAUUCGAAUAAACCAACCUGCAUAUUCCAGCAGUGGAAGUGUUCCUUUGGGAAAUCUCAACUUUAAUUCUUCUGGUGCUGGUGAUAGUAAAUUGAAAGGGAAAUAUGUUAGUAAAUAUCCAAACCAACCGGUUAUAUCCCGAGCUUCAAGUGCCCCACUUGGGAUUCAAGAGAUUAAGAAUGACAACUAUACUAUGCAGCCAGAAAAUGCACCUGCUAGGCAGUUCAAGAAAGCUCCCCAUGAAUUUUUUAGUGCUAGUGAGCCUGUGGUAUCAGCAAGUAGGUCUGCCCCCAAUUUAUUUCCCAGUGAUAUUGACAAUUCGAGGAACAAUUGUAGUCCUUUUGCAGAAAUUCCAAAAAAUAAAUAUCCUCAAGCUCGACCUGCUUUUGCACCCGAUAACAUGUUUAUGCCAAAUCCUCAUAAUAAUGAUGCCCACCCUGUGCCUCUGAGACCUGAUGUUUCGAGAUUAUCCUUUGUUGCCCCGGUCACUAAUGUGCCCAAUGUUGGUAAGCUCAGUAUAUCCGAUUACUCCAACUAUUCUCAAAAUUCUUCUAAUUUUCAUCAUCAAAUUGAGUUUCCAACGUUUGCUAGCCAAAGUGGACUGCAGAAGAGCCAUAUUCAGUACACAAGCCAUCCUUUUUACCAUGAAGACCCGAAAAAUAUGCGUCGUCACAGUUCUCAGUUUCCACCGUCAUCAUCCACAUCAGUGGUUGCUAAUACUGGUUCUGGCAAUGGCAAUGGCAAUGGCAUUUGGGGAACGCAAAGAUGCCCACAACCUUCAGACAUCGUUCAAGGCCUUAUUGGUGUGGUCCUGCUAGCAUUGAAUACCUUAAAAGUUGAAAAGAUUAUGCCCACAGAGGCAAACAUAACAGAUUGCAUUCGUUUUGGUGACCCAAGGCACCGUAAUACAGAAAUAAAGAAGGCCUUGGAUUGUGUAAUUGAGCAACAUAUGGUAAUAAAGCAAAACUUAGGUGCUGUCCAGCUGUAUGUUGGUAAAAAUGAAAGACUCUGGAAGUGUGUGAAUCCUAUAGGUGGUAAUCUUAACCAGUACCCCAAGGCGACAUGGGAUCGAAUUCAAAAGUUUCUGACGUCUUCUGCGGGACAUUUGGCAAUAAUGGCUUCUCAAUGCAGGUAUGAAGCAGCGUUGAUUUUGAAAAGUGCAUGUUUGAAAGAGCUUGCUCUUGGUGAGGUACUCCAGAUCUUGAAUAUGAUAAUCACAAUGAAGAGAUGGAUCGUACAUCAUCCAUCAGGAUGGCAACCAAUUACCAUCUCUCUGUCUGAUAUGAAUACUGACACAGGUACUGUGUCUGGUCUCUGAUGCAAUUGAGAGCAUUUAUAAGUACAACAGAGUGGCCUGCGAUGUUUAAAUCUGCAAAACGUAAUCUCAGUUUAUUGGAAGGAAAUUAAUGGAAGGUGGGCCACUUGUUGAAAUAGUAUAUAAUUACAGUUUGUUGCCACUAUGUCAGGGGGGAGUUUUUAGAUCUGGAAUCAACCAAGUACAGUUUUUUUUUUUCUUUUUUUUAUUUUUGCUGGGAAAUAUGCGUGGGUAUCUAAAGGUUAUAGAAAGUUUGCUUGGCACAAGAUCAUCCCUUAUGCAACAUGACUAUUCCUGUUGGUUGCAGCAUUGCUAUGUGAGACUUUUCUGUGCCCUAUGUCAAUAUUGAGAAGGUAGUUUGCAACAGGCAUUGUCCCUUGCUGUUACCAAGUACACGAUAUUAAAGAGAACUGCUGGAGAAAAUUGAUGAUCUUUUGCUUCAGCAUGUAAAACCACUGUUAAGAUACGUAACCAAGGAAUAGUUCCUUGGAUUUGAACUAUCUUGCAGUGGGCCCAGCAACGUUAUAUUCUGCUGAUGGCUCAUGGGGAUGAGUUUUACUGAGGUGUGUACAAGGUGAGGCAUAUAGGUCCUCAUGGAAGGAAGCUUAAGGUGAUUGGUUCUUCUACAUGAUGUUAGACUGUUAGUCAUCAGGAAAAGAUUGAAAAACUAAUAUUUUGUCACUCUGAAAGCCUUUUACCAUAUUGAUGCCAGCAAAAGUGAGCUGGAAGGUGGCUUUUCUUGUGUGAUUAUUGAGGUCUAGUAAAAUGCCUUAUUUGGUUAUGUCAAGCAUGGAUGCAGGUGUACUAGCAGAUUCAGAGCAUGGUUGGUUAAUUGGGCUACAAUUACUUUGCUGCAUGACGACUUGCAUGUUUCUUGCUAUUUUAGUAAAUUUUGUAUUUUUGGGUCCAUAAUAUUGUUUGGGCUAGGUGUUAUGGAUCUGGAUCACUUUUGAGGAUGGAAGUUUUGGUUGCAUGUUUGUGUUGGUGGUUUGUAUGUGAUGUUUCUGGAGCUAGUGGGCUGGUGAGUGUGGAAUGCCUCAAGGUAGAGGGUUUAAUGUUGCCAUUCUUCUUAAGGGAGCAAGGAUGCGCCCAGAUGCUGGUUUUGUGAAUGUAAACAAACUACAUGGCUGUUAUUUGAAUUCCUCGCAUUGUUAGGGGGUGGAAGUACUUGUGUGCUUGCUUUAGCUUGAGAAUGUACGUAAUGGUCUUUGGUGUACGUUUUCUUUCCUAUUAUAUGAUGAGAAAGUUGCACGUUUUAGGAAAGUACUAGUAGUGUCUUAAUACAUCUUUUGACAAAUUAGUCUUUAAUGUGACAAAUUUUGUGGGUCUUUUUGGUGUGGAAAGAGAAUAUUCUGAGUAUGGCCUGAAAUUUAUUUGGAAUGCUUGUUGGGGAUCUUGUGACCUUACA